UUGCACUAACACCGACUCAACGUGUUCGUAUUUUAUCACCAUUGGUACAAGGCCCAUUCCAUUCCUCCCCAUUCGUCUAUAACCCUAUCGCGAAUAGAGUCCUCUGAUUUCUCUUUCACCCACGUCUAGGGUUUACGACUAUCUCCACCAUUACAACUCAUCUAUAGAUACGGAUCAGUGUAUCUAUUUCUCAUAUAUCCAAAGAUGAUGCAACCAAAUGGCGUUAUCCCACCUCCAAUGCCUCCGAUGCCUAUGAAUCAACAGCAACAACAACCACAACAGUACCAACAACAACCACAACAGUACCAGCAGCAACCACCGCCACAGCAGCAGUGGGUGGCGAUGCCACCGCCGCAACAACAGUUUCAGCCUCAACCACCGUCGAUGGGAUGGGCGCAGCAGCCUCCUCAGGCGGCGGUGUCGACCCCUCACCAGAUGCAGGCGAUGCAAGCUCAAACUCAUCCGCAGCAGUACUCGGCUGCGCCGACUAGCUCCGACGAGAUUCGGUCUCUCUGGAUCGGUGACUUGCUGCCCUGGAUGGACGAGAAUUAUGUUUCCAAUUGUUUCUAUCAUACUGGAGAGCUUCUUUCAGUGAAGAUUAUUCGUAACAAGCAAACUUAUGAAACAGAGGGAUAUGGAUUCCUAGAGUUCAGAACUCGAGCAGCAGCAGAAACCGCAUUACAGACAUACAAUGGCUCGGUGAUGCCUAAUGCUCAACAGAAUUUCAGGCUGAACUGGGCCACUCUUGGUGCUGGUGAGAGGCGUACAGAUGACACUCCUGGCUAUACAGUAUUUGUUGGAGAUUUGUCAGCUGAUGUCACAGAUUAUGUGCUACAAGAAACCUUUAAAUCUGUUUAUUCAUCGGUGAAGGGUGCAAAAGUUGUCAUAGACAGGACCACUGGACGCUCCAAGGGUUAUGGGUUUGUUAGGUUUGGGGAUGAGAGUGAACAAAUGCGUGCCAUGACUGAAAUGAAUGGGGUGUUCUGUUCAACUAGGCCUAUGCGAGUUGGGCCUGCUGCCACCAAAAAAUCUGUGAGUGGUCAGCAAUAUCAGAAAGCUUCCUACGAGAAUCCUCAAGGAAAUCAGGGCGAAAGUGAUCCAAAUAAUACAACAAUUUUUGUUGGUGGUUUGGACCCCAAUGUUACUGAUGAGCUUUUGAGACAAGUGUUUGGCCAAUAUGGUGAAUUGGUUCACGUGAAAAUACCAGUGGGCAAGCGUUGUGGUUUUGUUCAAUAUGCUAGCAGAGGUUGUGCUGAGCAAGCGCUAUCAGGCUUGAAUGGAACUCAAUUAGGUGGACAAAAUAUCCGACUUUCAUGGGGCCGAAGUCCCUCGACAAAACAGGGUCAGCCGGAUCAGACCCAGUGGAAUGGUGCAUAUUAUGGCUAUACACAAGGGUAUGAAGGAUAUGGAUAUGCACCCCCUCCUCAAGACCCAAACAUGUACUAUGGAGGCUAUCCUGGUUAUGGGAAUUACCAACAACCACAGCAGUGAUCUGUUGCGGUCUGUGGGGAAGCAUGAGAGCUGGUGUGAGUUUCACUUGCUUCCAGUUUAACUCGAUCGAUGUUUCCAGUUAUUGGUUGUAGUAUGAUGGUGCCCAGUUGUGGAGUUGGUACUCAAGAAAAAUUCCUGGCCCUUGGCCCUAUAUAUUUUGUUAUUUGCUUUUCUUUUCUAUUUGUUGGCUGAACUUCUUGAAUUUGUUAGAGGAGAUACUUAGUAUGUUGAAGUAUUUUUUCCCAUCAGAUUUGUAUGAUCUCUGUCUUGUUUAAGUUAUGGAUUCUGCAUUGUUAUGGUUUAAUGAAUGCUUCCUUUCUGCUUUCUGAUUAUACAUAUUGAACUGUUUUCAAAAUCUUAGGGAAUGUCUAAUUUGUGCGUGCUGUGAGAUGAUACUUGUGCGUUUUCAAGGCUGAUGGAUUUUAAGCACCAUGGUCUUGUUUUCAGUUUUGUUUUUCUGUUGAUAAGAUUGUAAGCCUUGCUGAUGCAUUUUCAUUAUGUUGGUGGAUGAAAAUGCAAGCUUUGUCUGGAGGAGAUGUUGAUUGUGUGAAUGGAUAAUUGUACAUUGAAAUAACCUGCAUUAAAUGUUGAA